AUGCCGUUUUACACACUCGAAGAUGCCAAGAUCAGCUUCAAUAUCUUCUGCUGCUUUUGCGGUAUCGGGUCGUUGUCCAUGCCUUCCAACUACGCACGCGCCGGGCCGAUCUACGCCACCAUCGCUCUGCUGCUGAUGGCGUUCGUGAACGUGUACGCGACCGUCGCACUCUCUAAAGUCAUGUUGGUGACUCCCAAGUCGGUAAAAACUUUCUCGGAUGUCGGUGGCUGGGUGUUUGGCACCACGGGCCGCUACGCCGUCAUGAUUUCGCAACUGCUAGUGUGUCUCUUGAUGCCCUGCGCAUUCUUGGUACUCGGUAGUAUGCUACUCGACGUGCUGUUCCCGGACGCUUUCAGUCAGAUCUUCUGGAUGAUCUUCAUGGCUGUCACGGUCAUUCCGGUAUGUUUGAUCCCGACCCUGAAGGAGGCGUCAUCCGUUGCGCUCGUCGGGUGUCUCGGUACGAUUAUCGCUGACGUCGUCGGUGUGUCCAUCUUGGAAUGGGAGAUGCGGGGUCACCCGUCGAUCCCGACGCCUGACGUAUCGCUCCACCAAGUGGUGACUGCGUUCGGUAACCUGGCGCUCGCGUACGGUGCAGCUGUGGUGAUCCCUGAUCUUCAACGCCAGCACUCGCAGCCAGAGCGUAUGCCCCGUGUUGUAAUGCUUUCGGGCAAUCUCCUCUUCUCGGCCGUCAACACGUCGGACCCGUACGCGACGUCGGCUCUGGGUUUCAUUCCCAACCGCGGCGCUGUCAUCAUGGCCUACAUGUUCAUGCAUGUACACAUUGUGAUCGCGUUCUCGACAAUCACCAUGCCGGCGUUCUUCAUGGCCGAGCGGUUCCUUCUGGGAAUGCACAAGGAUCAACCGGUUAUUGACCAGGAACAAGGUGUUGAGAUGCGCGAGAAGCUCUCGUCUGUCGCUGGUGCGUCGCCAGAUAUCGUAUGCAGCUACGAUGCUGUCUCGCCCCAGGUCGUUGCUAACUAUGAGGACGAGUUCGCCGAGUACCGUGGCAGGCUCAAUAUGCUCCGUUACAUUACUCUUCGCCUAUGUAUCCUCGCUCUACUUGUAGUGGCGUCGGUCUUCCUUCGGGACAACUUCCUCGACCUUGUCGACUUCACGGGUGCUUCGGCUGUCACGGCGAGUAGUAUCGUGCUACCUCUAUUGUUCUACCUCAAGAUCUUCUGGAACAAACUACCGAUAUACGAACGCAUCGGAUCUAUGGUGAUCAUCGUAGUCUGCUCCAUUCUGGGUGUGUACGUGAUGAUCUACGCCGGCAAGAACCUGUUCAACCCGGACUCGGACACGGCAACAUUCCCGUACUGCUCCGAAGAGUACCAAUCGGAGCCGUACUACGUUCGAAACUCUACCACGGCCAAUUAA